AUGGAGGCGGGUUUGAGCCUGGAGGUCCUCAGGACCCGAGCCAGUUUGCUCGGGACUGCCGAAGAGGCGGAACUUGCGGUGGAGAAGGAGGAGGACGGUGUUGAAGACGAUAACGACGAAGACGACGAAGACGACGAAGAGGACGAGGAGGACGAAUACGACGACGAAGAAGAAGAAGACGAAGAAGAAGACGAGGAAGAGGAGGUGAGGGGGGACGACGGUUCCCUAGCGAUGCCCACAGUGACUGAAUCGUCGAGCCCCACCAUCUGCCCCCCCCCUCCUGGCUUCAGUAUAGACUGCCUCCUCUCGGUGUACGCCUCUUCCGCGGCCAAACCGCAGGCCAGCCGAGGCCGUCCGCCCCCUUCGCCCGCACUGAUUGUGUCUCCGUCUCCUAAGGAAACUGGUCUUCCGGUCAGCCCGCACCGUCUGGGCUCGCCACAGAGACAGAUCGCCGGCCCAAGGCCCACCUCCGACCACAGUCACUGGCCCCGACUUGGUGGGCUCGUGCUGGACCGCGUCACCAGCCAGGCCGCUGUAGGUAGGCGACGCGAUCACCUCAACGACAUGACGCCGAGCAACAUGGGCGUCGUCAAGGCAACUGCUAUCGACGUCGCCGUCGUCGUCGGGGUCAGCCAGAACGCGACGCGUCUCACAAAUUCCUCCGUGUCGCCAGAAAGUGUAAGCAAGGCGUAUGAAGAUGAUGAAAAUAAUGAUGAGAUGGAAAUAAAUGAUUUGUCCAAACUCUCGGUGUUGAACCCUGACCGAGGUGAGGUGAUGGCGGACCAACUCUUCGAGGAGAAACUGAAAACAGGUAAGCCGGCUGUGUUGUCGCCUUCUGGAUGGCCUGGAUAA